GACACCGGGAUGGCCGGGAAGGUGGCGCUGCUCCUGUGGGCCCAGACCCUUGGCCUUGCUGGUGCUGAGACCACCCAGCUCCUGGUGGAGCCCCCCUGGAGGUCGGCAGUGCUGUGGGACCGGGUGACAUUGACCUGCCAGGGCUUGGGGAACACUGGUGUCACCACCUGCUACAAGGACAUGCAGUGCUGGAGGCAGGAGGGACACAACAGCCUCACUGUCACCAAGAAUGGCACCUACACGUGUGAGAGACCCAGCAGGGGGCUCAGCCCUCCUGUGAGAGUCUUAGAUGCCCCAUUGGUGCUGCAGGUGCCAGUGCGGGCACUGCUGGAGGAUGACACGGUGACACUGCGCUGCCGGCGCUGGCGGGACAACCCGGUCAGCUCAGUGUCCUUUUACCGCGCGGAGAAGAAACUUCAGGAGCUCUGCAAUGGGACCGAGCUGUCCCUGUCUCCUCUGCAGCUGCAACACAGUGGCUGCUACAGCUGUGGGAGCAUGGUGAAAUCCAGGGUAUCAUGGGGAUGGGAGGAGUCGGAAUCAGUGACAGUGACAGUGCAUGGUGACCCCGUGACCAUGCGCUGCUUGGUGCAGGGGGGCUCAGCCUCUGUCACCUUCACCGAGCUGCACAACAGGCAGGAGGUGGCCCAAGCAGUGGCUGCAGGGGUCUGCGGGUCCCUCCUGUUCCUACUUCUGCUCCUGGCUGUCAUCAGGGGCUGGCACUAG